AUGCCUAAGACACCGACAUCCGCUGACUCGCGAGAAGCACGUCGCCACAACCCGCUCUCAGAAGACUACCUCCCCUCGCAGCACUUCAAACAAAAGCUAGGCAAGAGGAGGAAAUCUGCGCGCGACGAAGGCGACGAAGAGAAAUUCGUAGAUGCCAAAGCCUCGCGGAAAAUCCUAAAAAUCGGGCAAGAUCUCGUAGAGGAAGAGCAGCAGGAGCAGCAGUCGCGAUAUGCGCCAGCAGCGAACCCAGCAUUCGCCUUCGACUCCCGGUUCCCGGAAGAUGUGAUCUCGGAAGAGGAGGCACCAGAGCACGGCGACGAUGAUGGCGACGCUUGGGGAGACGAGGAGGAAGAGGUGGUGGAAGAGGUUGAGAUAGACCCCAGCGACCUCGAGACUUUCAACCGCUUCAACCCCACCUUCGACCCAUCCACCCUACUACAACCCGGCGGAGGCGACGACGUGGAGCAAGGCGGCGGAGGCACGAACCUCACAGCGCUCAUUCUCCAAAAGAUCGCCGCCCACGAAGCUGGCCAGGCCCCGCAACGAGAGCACCCCUCCAUCCACGGCGGCGGCGCGCCAGAAGACGCGAUAGAGAUCCCCGCCAAAGUCGUAGAAGUCUACACCCAAGUCGGACUCCUCCUCUCCCGCUACAAGUCCGGAAAGCUACCCAAACCCUUCAAGAUCCUCCCGACAGUUCCCUACUGGGAGACCCUCCUCGCCAUCACACGCCCCGAGUCCUGGACCCCCAAUGCCUGCUACGAAGCCACCAAGGUCUUCACCUCGCACAAACCCAUCAUCGUGCAGACGUUUCUACACGACGUACUGCUCGACCGCGUGCGCGACGACAUACGCGAGACGCGCAAGCUGAACGUGCACCUGUACAAGGCACUCAAGAAGGCGCUGUACAAGCCCGCGGCGUUCUUUAAGGGAUUGCUUUUUCCGCUCGUGCAGUCGGGGACGUGCACGCUGAGGGAGGCGCAUAUCGUGAGCUCUGUGCUCGCAAGAGUUAGCGUGCCCGUGCUGCAUUCGGCGGCGGCGUUGCAUCGGUUGUGCGAGAUUGCGGCGGAGCAGAUGAGUGUUGAUACGGAGUCGGCGGGCGCGACGAAUAUCUUUAUCAGGGUGUUGCUGGAGAAGAAGUAUGCGCUGCCGUAUAAGGUGGUUGAUGCGCUGGUGUUCCACUUCCUGAGGUUCCGGGCUUCGGAUCCUGGAGCUGUUGGGGGCGAGGGUGACGCUAUGACUGGCGUCAGCGGACAGAGCGUGAAGGAUGUUAAGUUGCCUGUGCUGUGGCAUCAGUGCCUCCUGGCGUUUGCGCAGAGGUAUAGGAACGAUAUCACGGAGGAUCAGCGGGAGGCGCUGCUGGAUUUGUUGCUGGUGAGGGGACAUAAGGCGAUUGGGCCGGAGGUCAGGAGGGAACUGCUGGAAGGAAGGGGGAGGGGCGUUGUGGUGGAGCAGGGGGUGGGGAAUGGAGGCGAUGACACCAUGAUGGCAGGGACUUGA